AUGGCUGCAUCGUCUUUGCGCUCGUUUAUAAAAGAUGUCAGGGCAGCUAAGACACUCGCAGACGAGAGGUCGAUUGUCACCAAACAGUCUGCAAAAGUGAGGACGAAACUUAGAGAUGACCAUCUGCCACAUUCGAAGAGAAGAACAAACAUCCAGAAACUGCUGUACUUGUACAUCCUCGGUGAAAAGACCCAUUUUGGACAAGUCGAAUGUAUUAACUUGAUUGCAUCGGACCAAUUUGUCGAUAAGAGACUAGGGUACCUGGCGACGAACUUGCUCCUGGAUGAACAGCAGGAUCUACUGACUUUGUUGACCAACAUGUUGAACAACGACUUGACGCACCUAAAUAAGUACAUCGUCUCACUGGCAUUGAUGACCCUUGGAUCCCUGAGCUCCAACGAGCUGGCAAGAGAUCUGUACCCGGACGUCGAGGCGAUCAUGCAAUCGAGUAAAGAUCCGUUCCUUUUGAAAAAGGCGUUGCAAGUAGUCGCAAAACUGAUCUGUAAAGACGCUUCACUGUUGGAGAUUUUCCCACUCGGGUUUUUGACCACAAAUAUACUGUCCAGUGGUCUCCUACCAACACACGGUGUAUGGCUAGGCGUGUGCAAAGUGCUGACAGCAAUCCUUUCAAAUAUAACCAGCGAGGUACCAGAGCCCACAAUAAACGAGAUAGUGCAGCAGUUGAAAGUGCUCACACCGCAACUGCUUAGCAAGUUAUCCAGUUUGAACACGAAGAACUUGGAACCCGCAUUCGACGUUCAAGGUGUCCAGGACCCGUUCCUACAAUGCGAAUUGAUAUCGACUUUGAAAUGGAUUUUCAAAAUAUCCACAGAAUUGGACGCCAAAGAUGUGCUCUCGUUCACGGACAAAUUUAGUGAUCUGUUGACCCAGUUGGCAACAAAUACAGACACGCAUAAAAAUCCAGGACAAGCUGUUCUGUACGAGAUCACACGUACCAUCUUCGACCUCAACAUGUCUCAACCUCUACGUAUCCUGGGGAUCAAUAUUCUGGGCAAUUUCUUAAAGACAGGCAAAGGUGUCAAAUUAAACAACAACAUCAAGUAUGUCGCAUUGAACACGCUGAUUGACGUCGUGAAGAGGGAACCAGACGCCGUACAACGACACAGAACUUUUAUCUCGUCGUGUCUGUACGAUCCAGAUAUCUCCAUCAAAUUCAGAUCGCUGGAACUCACUUUCGCAAUUUUGAACGAGGAUAACCUGUUGGAACUGGUCAAAGAGAUCAUCUGUUUCUUGGAAAAAAUUGCAAACCCGAACUUCGACCGUUUAUCCCCCUACGUCGACAUAGACGAUUCCAAGGACUUGAUAGUUUACUCUGUAGACCACCUGAUAGAAAAGUUUGACCUGUACCCUGAAAGCAAAGAGAGUGAGAAAUUGAGGAACUUGUUCAAGAUCCUAGGUGUUGUCGGGGGAAUAAUCAACCUGGAUACGAUCAAUGAGUUUCUCAUCACAAUCAACAAUAUAACCAAAUGGGCAGACAAGAUAGGUAUCUUGUUCGAAAUGCUGCAGGCAACAAUUUCCAACGAUAGAGCGAACAUUGGAAGCCAAUUAGUGAGUAUCUGGUGCAUUGGUGAGUAUGCGGAUAUCUUACUGAAGUUUGAGAGCAAUGAUAAAGUAAUCAAUGAAAUAUCAAUGGCCAACUACUUGUUAAAACUGGACUCGGGCUCGAGGAUAUCGAAUAACUGCUUGCUGAUCCACUACGUAAUGACCGCGGCUUUGAAGCUGUCUAGCAAAAUUAGUGAGCCCGCUGCCGUCGAGAGGCUGAGACAAAUUAUCAAGUCUCACUCCAAGGAUCCAAACUUGAGUAUCCAAACCAAGAGUAUCCAAUAUGAGCUCAUUUUCAACCAGCCAAACAACGUUAAAAGAUUGAUGCUGACCGCUAUGCCGAAAUUCAAUAGAAACAGGGUCGUCAAUAACGAUGAACAGACACAAUUGCGGAAGUUACAGCAUCAACAAGAGAAUGCAAAAUCAAAUACCACAGCAGACUUAUUGUUGGACUUGCUAAGCGAACCAGCACCAACGAAGAACAAGAACAAAGCGCCCGCCCAGCACGUGGUGUUACCGGAAAACAGCACUCUGAUCAACGAAAGUAACCAACUAGAAGUGUACUCUUUCCCAGUAUCCAUUGUCGAGGGGAAUGCCCAUUUUGAGCUGUACUUCAAGAACAAGGGACCAGAAGUAACGAACUUGCAAUCGCUUUGUGCGGUACCAAAGACUCAAAAGCUGAUUCUGGGUCAAAUACACCCUUCGCACAAUGACAUUGGGAUUAACCAAUUCGUGAAACAGUCAUUGAAGAUAUCCGGUUCUGGAAAUCUAAAGUUGAGAGUGAAGCUGUCGUACACAUCACGCGAUGGAGGUCCUAUGACGGAACAGUUUGACCAUAAAUUCAAUCACUCGAUUUGA